AUGUCGCAAUCGUUGAGCUCCGCCCCACGCUUGAAGCCAGAGGCUCGCCUCGCCCAGGCUGUUUCCCAAUUCGAGGCCGAACUGUCCAAUGACCAAAAGGCCAGCUUCCGUGCUUGUAGAGCCAGAUCGAUUGAGUCUCCGCCCAGUAUACAAGAUGUUAUGCAACUCACCGCGGAGAUUGAUCGCGUCUCGGAAAAGAGACGCCGGUGCCUGGGGCCCCGGCUUACGAACAUUCUACAGGCUACUCAGCAAUUCGCUGCUUUGGGAGAUAUCAUAGUCGGUGGAUCGCAAAAUCUGCUUGCAUGUGGUGUCUGGUCAAUAGUGCGCAUGUCGCUUUUAUUUGUCCUUGACUUUUCUUCCUAUCUCGAGCAAUUAUCGAACAUAUUUAUGACUGCUGGCCGUCUUGCGCCCCGGUACGAAAAGAUGGCUUUACUCUAUCCUCGGUCAAAGGACUUACAAUCCUGUCUCUGUGAAUAUUUCAUUUUGAUCGUGCGUCUGUGUCAGGAGAUGACUACUUUUACACGCAAGUCAAUUUUCGGGAAGCUGACCUCCGCAUUUACGGACUCAGUUCUGAAGACAUAUCAAUCAGAGCUGGAGUCCUGGGGCAAAACAAUCAAAACCGAAGUCAGCUACUUGGUAGCCAAGGGAAUUGAGGAUGAAGCCGAAAACAAUUCCCGAUUCAGGGCAGUCUCAUCGAUAUUCCAGAAAUCAACUGCAUAUCAGCAAGCCAUUCAAACGAAACAGCGCGUACUUGACUUCUGCUCCCAGUACGAUUGCACAGUGUCAUGGAAGCAGGCUCGAAAAUCGGGUAACACCAAUUUGUUUCGAAAGACCUCUAAAUAUCAAGAGUGGAAAAGUAUGCCACUUUCUUCCACCCUCGUCUACACUGGUAAGUUGGGCUCCGGGAAGUCUGUGCUACUCGCCAACAUAGUGGAUGAUCUUCACAUUCAGAGUGAAACUACCCAUGUGGCAUAUUUCUUCUGCCGACAUGACGUCUCUGAGAGUCUCAAAGCGCGAGAAGUGAUUGGCUCUUUGGCUCGACAGUUGCUAUAUAAUUUAUCAGACUUCACUGCUCCCGCGGAAUACUUGGACAAGACGCAUCAAUCCGAGCCGAUGGACAGACUGAUGGGACUUCUUACCACCUGCCUUUCUCCUCUUCGUAAAACAACAAGAUUCUUCCUUGUUGUCGAUGGGCUGGACGAGCUUGAUGGGCAUCAAAGGGACAUCGUGAUACAGCAGCUAGCGGAUCUUCAAAGUGAAACGUUUAUGAUGCUACUUUGCAUUUCUCUUCGUGAAGCUCCAAACGAAAGCCCGCUCAAAGCCAACUUCUCCCAAUUUGCUGCCCCUAUUAUUACACCAAUUCCAAAUAAUACGGCCGACAUCGAGGAGUUCAUUGAGUCAGAAUUGGAAAGUCGAAUCGAAUCUGGAAAGCUCACCAUUGGGAGUCCUCUUCUGAUCCUGGAAAUUCAAGAUGCUCUUCUGAAAGGAUCACAAGGGAUGUUCCUUUGGGUAGCUCUCCAGAUCGAAUCUUUAUGUGCAAUGGAAAGUGACGAGGAGAUCCGUGAAGCACUUGCAAGCCUGCCGAAAGAUCUCUCGGAAACUUUCUCUCGCACUUUACGGCCAAAAUCCCAAAACACGCGCCAGAAAGAGAUAUUGGCUAUUCUGACCGUGGCCCAAAGUCCACUCACUCUCCAACAACUACGCGAGGCGUUAUGUGUGGUGCCGGGUGAUUUAAACUGGAAUCCAGAUAGACUUCUCAACAAUAUGCACAACACGUUGGCUUCUUGUGGCAGUCUUGUUACUAUUGAUGAGGAGGAGCUUACUGUACAUCUUGUUCACCACAGCGUGAAACAGUUCCUGCUUGGUGAAUUCAAAGAAUCGACCGAAACCCUAGUUAAUGUUGAUGAAGCUCAUCAAAUGAUGGCAAGCAUCAUCAUCACCUAUCUCAACUACAGCGUGUUCGAAACUCAACUUUCAAAAACCGUAAUACCUCGGCUGCGAACUGGGUCGGUGCCCUCUGAGGUGAUUUUCUCAACGCUUAAACCAUCGAAUGGUGUCCGGAGCAUGGCAAUCAAGCUCCUCAAGUCCCGAAAACAGGCUGGUUUUGAUAUUGGGAAAGUCAUCGCAGACACGAAACUCCAGGAUCGCUCCACUGAGGAGCAGUUCUACUUUCACAAAUAUGCAGUAUCAUUCUGGCUGUAUCACGCCGUCCACGCUUUUGACCUUCCCGAAGUCAUGCACAAGUUCUUACUCAGACUCUUGGACCGACGAUUACCCCUGAACCUCAAUAUCAACGACGAAGACAUCGACAAGUUAUUGUCAUGGUCGGCCAAAAAGAAACAAUAUGCAUCCUUGAUCAAAGUUUUGCUUGAUCUCGGAAAUAUGACAACAACAGAACGAGACAGUGCACUGGAUGCGCUGCAUACUGCCGCAGGCAAGGGCCACGGUGCAAUGAUUCAAGUCCUCUUAGAGCGUGCAAGGAUGAACGAUAUGCUAAUGUUCGAGGGCUCCCAUCCUCAGAAAUUAUAUCUAUCCGCCCAAAACGAGCAUGGGUCGAUAGAACAACGGUCACUUGGAUCUGACAAUCUCGAUAUCGACUCAACAAGGGACUCUUUGCGUUGGACUCGCUUGCAUCAAGCGGCAAUUAACGGGCACACGUCAACCGUGAUUUUCCUGCUUACAGUCCUCAACGCAAAUCCUGAGACGCCUGAUAUAAUGGGACUCACUGCUUUGCAUCUAGCUUGUAUGAAUGGUCACUGUGACACGGUCAAGGCACUCCUAGAUCAUGGAAAUGCGGAUCCCCAUGCUUGUGAUGACGAGGGUCGAACUCCCGGUGAUCUUGCUUUGGAAAAACUCGAUGAGGAAACGGUUUCAAAGCUAGAUCCCCGGCUUUUCAGUUAUUCGACAGGACAAUUUGGUGCUGAAUCUGCCUGA